AGCUGUGAUUCCGUUGUCUCUGGCUUACAUCUUCCCAAAUAUAACUUACACAACUCCGAAUUGUGAUCUGCUUCUGCCACCUACAUUAUCAUGCGGCGUCGAACAGUCGCGUCGUCAGUUGGAUGGACAUGCACACCAAAGGUCUUUCAAAGCUCCGGGGUCGAGUUGCUCGACCCGUCCAUUGCGCUGGACGAGGAGACACUGCCAACAUACCAGCCGGAGAAAUACUACCCCGUCAACCAGGGUGAGCUUUUGAAUGAUCGGUACCAAGCCCUGCCCAAAAUCGGUUACGGAGUUACAUCGACAGUCUGGCUUGCGAAAGACUUGACUGCAUCAACAUACGUUGUUCUGAAAGUUCGCGUGACGGGUCGAACUCGGAACCACGAACGAGAGCUACGCAUCUACAAACAAAUGAACGUGAAACAAUCCAAGCACCCAGGCAGAAUCUUCGUCCGCAAACUGCUGGACCAUUUCGAUAUCCAGGGACCCCAUGGCCGGCACGUCUGUCUUGUUCACGAGUCUCUAGGAAUGAGUGCAAAUGUUCUCUUGAAGAUGACUCCUGGACAGGUAAUGACACUCGACGACAUGAAAGCAGGUAUCCGACAGCUACUUAUCGCCUUGGACUUCCUGCACUCGGAAUAUCAUAUCAUCCAUACCGACCGAACAAUCUACAAUGACGAUAUCAUGCCGAGUGCUUACAGGGCCCCUGAUAUGAUGUUAAGGUCUAGCUGGGGUUAUAAGGUCGAUAUUUGGAAUAUUGCCAUGCCCGCCUGGGAUAUCGUCAGUCCUCGCACCCUUAUCAGUGGCCGAAACUCAGAUGGUAUCUUCGAUGAUCGGGUUCAUAUGGCAGAACUGGUUGCCUUGCUAGGCCCUCCUCCGCCGGAUUUCCGAGAACAGAGGCCCCUCAGUUCGGCUUUUUGGGAUGACCUGGGCAACUGGAAGAGUAUCAAAGGGGAAGACAAAGAAGGGUUUUUGCGUUGGCUCCGGAUGGCGUUGCAGUGGAACCUUGAGCACAGACCGACGGCUUUGGGACUCUUAUACGAUGAGUGGCUGAUGAAAGGCUUAGGGGAAUGA